GCGGAGCCGCCAUUGGAGCGCAAUCCCUCGGCAAGAGAACAAGGCCUUUCUCCAUCCCCUUCGUGAUUCAAAAGGUGCAAAUAGUGGAAGUUAAAGACUUGGGACAGAGAGGAAAGUUCAUAAUGAAGAAACCCAGCAAUAUCAAUCCAUCCUACAACGUGGAUGUGAUCUUGGAUCUGGACAUCCCGUCGUCGCAUUGUUUGCAGAUUAUGCGGAGGAUUUGCCACCCAAAUAUUCUACGUCUCGAAGCUUAUGUUGCAAACAAAUCCGACAAGAUACCUGGAGUUUUUCUGGAACCACUUUCUGGUCGGCUCUUUGAUUACCUUAUGACCAGAUUUUCUUUGGCAAAUAAGCUUGACAUUGUGCCUUCACAGGGAUUCCAGCAUAUAGUAAGGCAAAUUGUGAAUGGGCUCGCCGAGUUGGCAGCAAAUGGUGAAUAUCAUGGGAACUUGCGUCUGGAGAACACUUAUUAUCAGAUUGUGGGGAGCGAUUUUGUCGUGAAACUUGCAGGAUUUACCCGGAAAGAUUUGAAAAAUGUUGAUGAAGGUUUGAUGUUAGACUUAAAUGGUCUGGGGCUUGAACUUGAGGUGAUAUUAAAUCGUAUAAGAUCUGAAAACAAGCAAUAUCAGUGCCUUUUACUUCAGGAUUUGGUGGACAAACUGAAGUCAUUCACUCUUGAACUUGUACCUAACUUCCGAGAAAAAGUUCUGGACUAUGUAUUCUUCUGGGACAAGAAGAAACGAACUGCCUUCUUUACAUGUACUGUUCCAAAGAGACUAAAUGACCCUAAAUUUCAGAACAAGGUUAUCCAGUUCCACAAUUGUAAUAUCCCCUGGGACAGUUCCCAUUUUCAUGGCUUGAAAGAUGCCAUGAAUGAUUACCAGUUCAGGAAGUUUAAAAGUAAAUACAAUGGUAAAAAUAAGGUCCACCAUUUCAGAUUUGCUAGCGGCGCUUAUACGCAUGAGGAACAAAUUCAGGACGCCCUACCUAACAAUCUGUCGGUAGAUGAUAUCAUCCAAUUGUGUGACCUCAUGAUCUUUCUCGAAGCACACAAGCUUCUAUCUUAGCAUGGAUGGACGAGCAUACAACAGAGCCUUAUACUUGUGCACACAGGGAGAAGUUGGCAGGUUGUCAUGGCGUUGGUGGACAUGAGAGGUCCCAAUCAUGUAGCAGCAAGAAGGGGACCUGGAGGCAUAUAUGCCUGGAGGUUGGGAGCUGAGUCCGGCCAGCAGGACAUCCUUUUGUUCUUUAUGUUUUGACUGAUAAUGGGAGCCGACUCCAGCCAGCAGGACAUCGUAGGUCAACAUAUUUUUUGUAGUGCUUAUCUGAUUUGUAGUUUAUCAACUGAUUUUAUGUAAAGCCUGGUCCUCAUUGAUGA